GAUCACUUUAAGUCUGAACGUUGCUGUUUGCUUGUGUUUGUAGUUUGUCGGGCUUUAGCUACACGUGAAGGUGAUUCUGCCGCGUUUCUUGCCACCGAAUGUCGUGUUCUAGUAGAAUGUUUCGGCUAGCAACCGUACGGGGUGCUUGACUAUUGUAACCGACAACGGAUAAUCCCACGUUCCAACACAACGUAUAUAAGACACGUACGUGCUCAAACUCGAGCUAACAACCUGGUCUGAGUUUGUCUGUUGUCGACGGAUUUCCUGUCUCAUCGUUGCAGUAUGUCGCUUUUCUCAGCUUCUCUAGCUGCGCUCUUCACCGCUCUACUACUAGUUGAAGACUUCGGAAACGUUCAAGCUGGCGUUCCGUCUAUCGGCGAUAAGUGCAGGAGGUCUUCUCACUUUGCUCAGAUAUUUAGAAAGCUUUGUGAACCCCACCUUACUGCUCAAGACUGUCAAGUAGGAGCGUGGGGUCAGUGGGCAGCAAGCAAGACAUCUCAAGGUUGUUCUCUAAGCAGAUCAAGAAAAGUCACCAGUUGGGCGAGAAAUGGAGGAAAUCCUUGCCCUAGUCUGAAAGGAACAAAAACGAUUAAUUGUCCUAGUUCGAAAAACGAAGCGCAACAACUGCUAAGUGUUUUGAAGUCUGGUCUAGGCGGAUUCGCGCCGUACAGCCCGAUUAGAAGCUCUGUUCGAUUGACAGGAGGCCCCGGUCUAAGAGGCUCACCUGGUGAUCGUGGUGGACCGCUCCUCAACCAGACUCACACACGGCGUUACGGGGUGGCGAAGCGUUCAGUAAACUGCACUACUGACCGUGACAUAGUGAUCAUAGUGGACACGUCCGGUAGCGUGGGCAAAAGUGACUUCCAAUCUGCUCUUAGUGACUUGAGUGACCUCAUUCCUAUGCUUUGCGGAUUUCAGCCUGAAAUGAUAAAAUACUGCAACUCCUACAGACUGGCAAUGCUAACCUACGGCAACUCUCCUAAACUAGCAUUCGACUUGGACGACUAUCUAUACAGGCAUAAGAGACGAGUAAAUAUUAAAAACGACAUCAAGACAAAACCAGUGUACACAGGAGGAGGAACAGGUACCGGUGCAGCUCUCAAAUUUGCACGGGAUCAAGUUCUACAGGAAUCAUUUGGGAUGAGACCAUACAGCAAAAAAGCCAUUCUUCUGUUGACUGAUGGUCAUUCCAACGGGGCAACUAAUCCAGUCACGGUAGCAGCAGAAAUGUUUGAACACUUCAAAGACAAAGGCGAGUUGUCAAUUGUGGCUUUGGGAAUAGGAGACAACAUUGACUACCAAGAGCUGAUAGACAUCACAAACCACCACAACGUUGCAAAUCCUUUGGUCUACUUCACACAAACCUUCCAGAGUUUCCAUGAGGCUGUUAGUACACUCAAGACUCUGACCGAACAAGUAGACACAUGCUCUGCAGAUGUUCUUGACAAGAAACGCUGAAGCAGAGAUAACUGACAAUGGUCUAGAGUUCGUAAACAUAAUUUCAAAAUUGGAAAGUUGUGCUUUGGUCAGUUUGACAACUUUGUACACAAUGUAUCAAUUGUAGCACUUUAAAGUAAUGUGAAGUUGAGCUUUCGUCGUUUAUCUACAAUAUAAUAAUCGUGACAAUUCAAGUACUGUGCAAUCCAAAGAAUCAUGCAUCAAAAGUUACAAACACGAGGACGACAUGUUUGUUCAAUGUCUAUUUUAACACAACUCGUGUGUGUGUGUGUGUGUGUGUGUGUGUGUGUGUGUGUGUGUGUGUGUGUGUGUGUGUGUGUGUGUGUGUGUGUGUCAA